GUUUGACAAUCUAACAGAUCCCAGGGUUUACCACAAAUGGAUUCGACCGCCAAUUGAUUUUACCGAUGAUUAUACCGACGGACCAUUGUAUGUAAAUGUUAGCAUCGAUUUCUACAAUUAUGCCACCAUUGAUGAGAUAACCUCGGAGUAUACGUUUCACUUGUUUAUCGACUUGGAGUGGUUUGAUCCGCGGCUCAGGUACUCCCUAUACAAUACAGUCAACUACCAGUCGCACAGGGAUGCCGGUGGGUCGUCAUCAACCACUAUUGAAGGUGGAAACUAUCACAUCCAACGUAUAUGGUAUCCAUCAGUGUUUAUCCCGAAUAAUCAGGAUCCCGGUUCGUUUGACUACGAUAAUCAAAGUGCUAACCUAUUGAAAAUCUGGUCAAAUGGUAAAGUUUGGCUAAGAAAACGCAAACUGUUACGUGUCUAUUGUAAUAUGGAUUUUCAUUUAUUCCCAUUUGACGAACAAAUUUGUUACUUACAUCUGGAGUCGUCGGUAUCCACUGUCAGUAUACUUAAGUUACGCUGGAAUCUGAACGUAUCGUUUCGUACAUCGGAUACAUUUCGUACAAUUGGUUUCCAAUUGAUCGGACACCAGACCCUCAGCACCCAACAAACCUAUAGUAAAAACAAUACGUUCAGCCGGGUUAGCCUAAAAUUUAAUUUAUUACGUGAAUGGGCACACUAUCUGUUCCUGUUUUACUUGCCUACGGGUAUUAUUGUGGUGGCAUCGUGGGCUACGUUUUGGCUAGAAAUUACAUCACCCCCGGCCCGGGUCAGUAUAGGCGUGACAACUAUGCUAGCAUUGGUUACUACGUUCAAAAAUACCAAGCUCCAAUUGCCCACUGUUUCCUAUUGGAAUGCACUGGAUAUUUGGAAUAUGAUUUGUAUAGUUUUCAUAUUUUCAUCGUUGGUCGAGUUCGCUGCCGUUAACUAUAUAUUCAAUACUGAAAAACGUAAAAAACGUAUAAAAAAUUUAAAACGAAAACGACARCAAAGUGUACUGAAAAUAAAUGAUAUGAMUAGAGUUGUUAACAACACUAAYAACAGUAAUAACAUCACUACUACUACUACUACUAAACCAUCGAUGACUACGASWUGUUUGGAGACAAUUCAACAAUGGUGUCCAUCGCAAACAGCAAUCGUCGACUACUAUGGCGUCGACAGGUGUGUCUCGGCAUCGGUAGUUGGCAUUGAUAUCCAUAGAGUAAUCAAUGAUAUUAAAGAUGAAUCACUGGUUAAUCGUAAACUGAGAAACGGUUCGGUUGUCAGUCGGUCGCGAACCCAGUCGACCGCUACGGCUAUAUCMACUGGCGGACAGUUGGUUAGCGACAUGUGCGCCAAUUUCAAGCUAACMCCCCAGGAGUUGGCCAACGAAAUUGAUCGCAAAUGUCGUCUAGUAUUUCCGCUGAUGUUUGUCUUAUUCAAURUUAUCUAUUGGACAGUAUUGCAGAUUAAGUUUUAA